AUGUUGAACCCAAAGACUACAGAAAAGGACUUUUUUGGAUUUGUCGGAGCGGUCACGUUGACGCUGGGCUUACCGGCAACUGUCCUGUUCCUGAAUCUGUGCGCGAAUGAUGUGUAUAAGGCCGAGGGAAUCAAGGUUGACGCUGAAAAAUUGCAAUUGGCGUUCACAGAGAAAAUCCUUAAGAACCCCAUGGAAUUGCUAUUCAAUGUUAGUGCCUGGAAAUGGUAUUUGACUUGGUUUUUUGGGCUUGUAGCUCUGGGACAGAUCUUGCCUGGAAAGACUCUCCAGGGAGUGGAGCUUAGAGACGGAACCAAGCUCACGUACAAAAUUAACGGUCUGGCUGUGGUGGGAUUUGUGUUUGUGUAUCUGCCAUCGAGCUAUCUGAGUCACGGAGGAAGUGUGCCGGAAUUGGUUUAUGUAUACGACAAUUUCUGGCCGUUGAUGGUGACCUCCUUCGAAUUCUCACUGUUGCUAUCAUGUUUCGUUUACGCUGGUUCGUUCGUUCCAUUGAGAAAACCCAACGGAAAGGGCACCAGAGAAAGAAUUCUGGCCACAGGUGGUAACUCUGGAAAUGUACUCUUUGAUUGGUUCAUUGGACGCGAAUUGAAUCCUCGCAUCGGAUCAUGGGACAUCAAACUGUUCUGUGAACUCAGACCAGGUUUAUUGCUGUGGGGACUUCUCGACUUGUCAUGUCUUUAUCAUCAGUACAAGACUACUGGAACAAUCUACGAUUCCAUGGCUGUGGUGGUUGCUUUGCAAUGGUUCUACAUUCUCGAUGCUGUACCUAACGAGGAGGGACUUCUUACCAUGAUGGACAUCACCACUGACGGUUUUGGCUUCAUGCUUGCCUUUGGCGAUCUUACGUGGGUUCCAUUCACUUACUCGCUUCAAGCUCGUUAUCUAGCCCUGACACCUUUGCAAUUGGGCUAUAAGUUCAUCUUGGUGAUCGUCUCGAUAAUGGCCCUCGGCUACUACAUUUUCUCCUCGGCCAACUCUCAAAAGUCCAAGUUCAGGGCUGGUAAACUACCCCAGAUGAAGUCGAUAAGUACCACCAGAGGUACCAAACUACUUUGCGAAGGCUGGUGGGGGUUAUCGCAGCACAUCAACUACUUUGGUGAUAUUCUCAUUGCGUUGAGCUGGUGCCUGCCCACCAGAACUGAGACUUUGCUCACCUACUUCUAUAUCAUAUAUUUCUCGUCCUUAUUGAUCCACAGACAGACGAGAGAUGAGGCCAAGUGCAGGGCCAAAUAUGGUAAGGCCUGGGAGGAAUAUGAGAGACAGGUGCCGUAUAAGAUCAUCCCAUAUGUGUAUUGA